AUGGAGUUACAUAACCUCAAGUUAAGCGUAUUAUAUGCUCCACCCACGGCCAGUACCGUUGUCUUCCCAACAAAUGAGAGCGAUCGUUUGGCUUUGCUGAAAUUCAAAGAAUCGAUCACCAAUGAUCCACGUAACAUCUUGAGCUCCUGGAAUGCUUCUUCUGCACUCCACUUCUGCAAAUGGCAGGGAGUUUCAUGCGGCAGCAAGCAUCAAAGAGUGACCGCCUUGCAACUCCAAGGCUAUUCUUUGCGCGGAUCCAUAUCACCUUAUGUUGGCAAUCUCAGCUUUCUUUCGUCUGUUAACCUCCGAGAAAACUUCUUAGGCGGAGAAAUUCCGGCAGAAGUUACUCGUUUGUUCCGACUGAAAGAUCUCUACCUCAGCAACAACUCAUUCACGGGGGAAAUUCCACGCAACUUGACCAACUGUCCUGAACUCAGAGUCAUUGAUCUGGAAAGGAACAAAUUUACGGGGAGAAUUCCUGACGAACUGGGCUCUUUGAAGAGGCUCGAGAUGCUUGUCAUCCUCUCAACUGCCGAUAACCGAUUUGAUGGAACUCUUCCCGCCAACAUAGGCCUCACUCUCCCUAAUCUGCAGUUUUUGGCAAUGAAUAGGAAUAAGUUCUCUGGCCCAAUCCCCGUUUCUCUAUCCAAUUCUUCUCAGCUUGUGACACUUCUUCUCUACCGAAACAAUUUUGUAGGACAAGUUCCAAAUCUGGGAAACCUACUUCAUCUCCGAAAUUCGGAAAAGAAAUUGACUUCAAUACAUUCAAAAUCUGACAUUCUUUCCAGGGUUUCGUACAAGGAGCUUUAUCAGGUGACUGGCGGAUUCUCUCCCAAUAAUUUAAUUGGAAGUGGUGGUUUUGGCUCUGUGUAUAGAGGAAUUCUCCGUCACGAAGAGAGGAUGGUUGCUGUCAAGAUCUUGAAGCUCGAACAAAAAGGAGCUUCCAAGAGUUUCAUGGCUGAAUGCAAUGUUUUAAGAACUAUACGACAUCGGAAUCUUGUCAAAAUCUUAACAUGUUGCUCUAGCGUGGACUACAGUGGUAAUGAAUUCAAAGCAAUUAUUUACGAAUACAUGCCCAAUGGAAGCUUAGAGAAGUGGCUGCAUCCAGAUAUAGACAAUGGAAAUCAGUCAAGAAAUCUCAACCUUCUUCAAAGACUGAAUGCUGCCAUUGAUGUCGCAUCCGCACUGCAUUAUCUUCACGACCACUGUGAAACAUCCAUCGUUCAUUGUGAUCUAAAGCCAAGCAAUGUUCUUCUUGAUGAUGACAUGAUUGCUCAUGUAAGUGAUUUUGGUUUGGCAAGGCUCCUCUCUCCAACCAAUCAUCUUUCUCACAAUCAAACCAGCACAACCGGGAUAAAGGGUUCUGUCGGCUACGCCGCUCCAGAGUACGGAAUGGGUGGUGAGGCAUCAACACAGGGAGAUGUAUAUAGCUAUGGGAUAUUUGUGCUGGAGAUGUUCACAGGACAGAAACCCACUGACGAAAUGUUUGAAGACAGUUUCAACCUCCAUAAUUUUGUCAAGAUGGCAUUGCCAGAGAAACUUGUACGGAUUGUGAGCCCAAAGCUUCUCACAACAAAAGAAGUUGAUGAAAUAGCAGCAGCAGCAACAAAUGAAGAUAACUACAAGUACAAUGAUCAUGACAAUGAUAUUGAGGAGGAAGAAAGCCAGAUGAACCCAAAUGUUCAGAAGUGCUUACUGUCAGUUCUGCAGAUCGGCCUUGCUUGUUCAUUAGACUCUCCAAAAGAGAGAAUGAAUAUGGAAGAUGUGACUAGGCAACUGCAUCGAAUAAAAAAUGCUUUUCUAGGUUUUGGGAUCUCUGGAUAAGAUCCCCAUGUAAACUAUGUCAAUGUUAUA